AUGCGGCGCAGUCCCAAAUCCAACCUCCCGCCCGAGAGGGUCUUCUCCAUACAGAUCGGGACGGAGCUAUUUCGUCUGUCGGGGGCAUCCAUUGCGUCUGAUGCUCCGUCCUACUUCUCCCAGUUCUUCGAAGAACAAAUCCGCCAAAACGGCGACAAUCCCAACAUUCGCACCCUGUACAUCGAUCGCGAUCCGACCACGUUCAAAGAGAUCGCCAAGCAUCUGCAGGGAUACCACAUUCAACCCACAGACGGGUCCCAAUUCGUCAAGUUCUUCGCCGAUGCUCAAUUCUACAGCUUACCACGCUUAAUAUCCCAGCUAUUCGAGUCGCAAAUCUUCAUCCAGAUCGGCGAUCGCAACUUCCAGAUCCCCCGCGACAUCUUCUCCGGUCCAGGCGACUCGCCGAACUUCUUCACAUUGGGGUUCGCGGCCUUUUUCGCAUCGCCCGUCGAAGUGUUCCCAGGACUUGAGCGUCACGGUCUUCUCCGGCCCCCGGCCAUCACACCCCCCAGCGUACCAAACCGUUCCGGGGAAGUCUUCGCGCAGCUUCUCCACCUGCUCCGGGGCUACCCCCUGCGGAUCCGAAACGAGGAGCACCGCGCGGAGCUCCUGCGGGACUGUCGCUACUUCCACCUGCGCGGCCUCGAGCAGAAGAUCAUCCCCCACCACAUCAGCUUCAACCCGAUCCUGGGGCGCGACGAGAUCAUUAUCCGGCUCGAGGACGUGCGCCGGUCCGGGGUCCACCUCGAACAGGGCGCCAGCGCCUGCGACAGCAGCUGGGUGCGGUACUCGCGGCCGUUCCUCGACGAGAAGAAGUACGACCUGAUCGUCGAGAUCGGCGACGAGAGCACCAUCCUCGACCUCACCACCAAACACCCGACCUUCUUGAACCUCACCAAAUCCCGGGUGACGAGUCUGCUGCAGAUCGUGGCGAGCAAGAAGCUCGCGGAGCUGGGCGAUGUCGCGAUCAAGGACGAGCAGAUCUGGUUCGUGACGGGCCCCGAUACGAGCCUGACGGUGGACGGGGAGCAGACGAGUUACCGGGAGGUCGUGGGUUACUCGACCCCGGGCGCAGACAGUUCGUCGCAGGAAUCCACGAACAAGCGGCGACGCAUGGAGGAACCCGCCAACAGCCGGGUCUGGGUGGUGCGCAACGGCCAAUGGCGGAUCUGUGUGCGGCCCAGCGUGAAUCAGGGCAGUCUGGACUUUCUUCUCAGGGCGGUCCAGUUGGAUGUAUAUACCCAGGAGACCGUGCGCAAUCGGAGUCGACCAUUCUUGGGGUCUCCGGGGAUUGCAUGA